GGGUUUUGCGAGGGUUUCCUGAUCAGCCUCUUCGUGACUCAAGGUUCGAGAAUCAAGCUUUUGCCGAUUUUCGUCUUCCUCAUCUUCGCCUCCUCCUUCUUGUUCCUCUUCUAGGGUUUUGCGAGGGGUUUUCCUGAUCAGUCUCUUCGUUUCUGCUACGCAUAGCGACUCAAGGUUCGAGAAUCAAUGGGGAAGAAGCGGAAGCAAAGAGAAGCGGAGACUAACGGGCCGGCGGCGAAGAAGGAAGAUACUGCGGCAUCGGAGGAGAGGCCUAAGCGGACGCUCCUCGGUUGGAAGGAGAAGCCGCAGGAGAACGCCGAUACCGCGGCCACCGCUCCUAGUUUCAGGAACAAAGAGAAGGUUCUCGUCACUUGCUCUCGCCGCAUCAAUUUCAGGUACCGGCAUCUGAUGUUGAAUGUGGUGUCGCUUCUGCCGCACUGUAAGAAGGACAACAAGGUCGAGUCUAAGGAAAUCAAAGGCGCCACCCUCAACGAGCUCGUGGAGCUCAGGAAUUGUUCCUCUUGCCUGUUCUUCGAGUGCAGGAAACAUUUGGAUCUCUACCUGUGGAUGGCAAAGUGCCCCAAUGGUCCAUCGGUGAAAUUCUUAGUAAAUGCCGUGCACACCAUGGAAGAACUGAAGCUUACUGGAAACCAUUUGAAAGGCUCACGUCCCAUUCUAACUUUCUCAGCCAAUUUCGAUAAGGAUGCCCAUUGGUUGCUUCUGAAGGAGAUGAUCAUACAGAUUUUCGGAACUCCAAAGGGACAUCAGAAAUCUAAGCCACAUCAUGAUCAUGUCUUUGCCUUCUCAAUUGUCGAUGAUCAUAUAUGGUUCAGAAACUACCAGAUAGCAGUUCCACACAUUGAAUCGGAUAAGGUGCCUCGAGGGAGCUUGGAAAAAAUGACUCUUGUUGAGGUUGGCCCAAGAUUUUGUUUGAAUCCGAUCAAGAUAUUUGGUGGUAGCUUUGGAGGCCCUACGCUUUACGAAAAUCCAUUUUACGUAUCGCCUAACCAGAUUCGUGCAUUGCAGAAAAAGCAGAAGACGGGCAAGUAUGCCAAGAAGGUCAAGGCUAAAACAAGAAGAAAGAUGCAUGAGCUAUCAAAUCCACUGGAGCCUGAUGAAUUUGCUGAUAUGUGGAAAGAGUAAACUAUACGCUCCUUUCAUCUUUGAAUCAAAGGGAAAAAGAGAGAACGUAUUACCUUGUAGUCAUCAGGAAGUUACGGAAUUUUAUCCGUCGAGAUUUUGUAUGAAUUCUAUAUCGUGAUAAAUUUUGGCAGUUUCAGUUUUGGGAAA